AUGGUCAUGGAUAGGGGAACCCGAGAGUUGCCCGCCAUGAUCGACGGGCUCACACCUGGAGAUCAUCCGUGCGAGCAGGGAGUCAUGAAUAAUGGCUUGAAAUCAGAGGAUCAAGCGGAUUUCCUCAGUCAAGACAACCUCGUCAACCUCCCAUUUUUCGUAUCCGCCGUCGCCAAUGGCAGCAGCAACCAGACGCCUCCGGCGAGCGCCAGCCCACAGGGAUAUUCUCCGGAGGAUUCCGAGAUCUUCUCCGACAUCGCCCUCUCUUACAUCAGCGAGAUGCUCAUGGAGGAGGAGAUGGAUGACAAGCUCUGCAUCGGCGAGGGGGUCUCGGCUCUGGACGCCAUUGUCGAGCCCUUCUUCCUCGACGUGCUCGGCGAGAAGAGCCUCUCCUCCUCCGAUGGAUUUCCCCUGUAUGCCGAUACCUCUCCAGAAGAUAGUUCUGGACACGGAACCGACUCUGUCACCACCUCCGAAGCUCACAUGGAGCGGCUACUGUUCGACGUCGGCUGCCCAUAUGAAAUGGGAGAUCAUCCACCCCCGACGAUCGGCGCCGCCUCUGCCAAUUACGAUUCCCGGACUUCGUUCAGCCCCUCGGACAGCAUUAGCGACAUCAUCCAUGGCAUAGACGAGAACCAGCACCAGCACCAGUUUGGAUCAGAGAUCGAAACCAACUCGUACGAGGAAAUCCAGCCCGCCCGGGAGUACAGGAGAGGCGUGGAGGAGGCCAGCAAGUUCCUCCCAGAUCAGAACAGAAUGGUGAUCGAUCUCGAGGCCAGCAGCUCCCCCCCGUCGUACAAAGAAGGAGAAAAAGAUCACCCGCCGCGACCAGGUGGGCUCACGGUGGAGGUGAAGGUAGAGAAGGAAGAGAAGAGCAGCAGCUACUCGUUCCUCGAAAGCUCGAGGACGAGGAAGAACCCGCACCGCGAUGGUUUUCUGAGUCCGGAAGAAGAGCGGAGCACCAAGCAGUCGGCGGUCUACUCCGAGGACGAAGACGUCCCAUCGGAGAUGUUCGACAGGGUGCUGCUCUGCCCUCAGGGCAGGCCCAACGACGCCAUAUCCGCCCUCCGCAAGGUCCUGCAGAGCGAGGUGAGCAAAGCCUCCAAGAACAACGGCAACUUCAAGGGCGGCGGCGGUGGGCAGCAUGGCGGCAAGGCCCGCGGCAGGAGGCAGCAGCAGCAACCCAAGAAGGAGGUCGUCGAUCUGAGGACCCUCCUGAUCCACUGCGCCCAAGCCGUCGCCGCCGACGACCGCCGCACGGCCCAGGAGCUUCUGAAGCAGAUACGGAGCCACGCUUCUCGUCUCGGGGACGGCUCGCAGAGGCUCGCCAUCUGCUUCGCCGACGGUAUUGAAGCCCGGCUCACCGGCACGGGGAUAGAGAUGUACCACGCUCUCUCGGCGAAGAGCCAGUCGGCGGCGGCCAUCUUGAAGGCCUACCAUCUGUACCUCGCCGCCUGCCCCUUCAAGAAGAUCUCCCAUUUCUAUUCCAACCAGACGAUCCUCAACGCGGCGGAGGGCUCGAGCCGGCUCCACAUCAUUGACUUCGGCAUCUACUUUGGCUUCCAGUGGCCCUGCCUAAUCCAGCGGCUGUCCAUGCGGCCCGGAGGCCCCCCGAAGCUGCGGAUCACUGGCAUCGAGUCCCCGCAGCCGGGCUUCCGGCCCAACGAGCGGGUGGUGGAGACGGGGAGGCGGCUCCAGGCCUACGCGGAGAUGUUCAACGUGCCCUUCGAGUACCACCCCAUCGCCGCCAAGUGGGAGGCCAUCCGCCUGGAGGAUCUGCAGAUUGACAGGGAGCCCGAGGAGGUGCUGGUGGUCAACUGCCUGUACAGGUUCAGGCACCUGGCGGACGAGACGGUGGAGGCGGGGAGCCCGAGGGACCAGGUGCUCCGGAGCAUCAGGAAGAUGAACCCGGACGUGUUCGUCCAGGGGGUGCUCAACGGGUCCUACGGGGCGCCCUUCUUCCUGACGCGGUUCAGGGAGGCGCUGUUCCACUUCUCGGCGCUGUUCGACAUGCUGGAGACGACAGUGCCGAGGGAGCACCCGGAGCGGCUGCUGAUCGAGCGGGAGAUCUUCGGGCCGGAGGCGGUCAACGUCAUCGCCUGCGAAGGGUCGGAGAGGGUGGAGAGGCCGGAGACGUACAAGCAGUGGCAGGGGAGGAAUCUCAGGGCGGGCUUCGUGCAGGUGAAGCCCAACAGGGACAUCAUGAAGAAGUCCAGGGACAAGGUGACCUCCUGCUACAACAAGGACUUCCUCGUCGACGAGGACAGCGGCUGGCUGCUGCAGGGAUGGAAGGGCCGCAUCAUCUACGCUCUUUCCACCUGGCGCCCCAAUCGCCAGCUCCUCGGCUUCUCCUCUUCCUCCUGA